GAAAUUUGGGUAAUGUUUCUCAUUUUACGUUCUCUUUUAUUUCGAUUGAAAAAUAAUUCUUAUUAAAGGAGAAAAAUAUCGUAAAAGCAAUCUUCUGAGAUUCGAUCAAAUGGGUUGUCGCCGGUUUUCUGGUGGAGGACACCACCCAGGAGGCGGUCCGCCUCCCCAUCAUCAUCGUGGCGUUCAUCGCAGAGGUAGACACUGUGGACAUGGACAUCACCCUCCACCACCCCAUCAUCCUCCUCCUCCACCCUACCAUCGUCCACAUGGCCAUGGUGGUCACUUUUGGGAUGGAUGUGGUCCUUCUCCUCCUCCUCCUCCUCCCCCGCCCCAUUGCCCACCUCCUUGGGGAUAUCCUUAUGGUGGUCAUUAUUGGCAGGGAUACCCACCGCCGCCACCACCUCACCACCCCCCACAACCUUCUGGACCUCCAGGUGGUGGGUGUCACUAUUGUGGGUGUCCAGGUGGCGGUCCACCUCAGAGUGGACAUCCCGGGAUCGAAACACCCCCUGGCGAAACCCCGAACAACGAUCAACAUGGUAACAAUGGUCCUGGAAACACAGAGAGCACACAAACCCCAAACCCUGGUGUGGAAGUUCCUAGUAAUGAAAUACCCGGCAAGAAUAAAUACGAAAUCAUUGAUCUUAGGAAUCCGUGAUUCUAGCAAGUUCAUAAAAUGCAUUUAAUGAGCUAAGUAAAAUUAGUGUAAGCAUGUUGUCAAGAUGUAUAUAAAAUUAAGUUUGGCAAUGCUCAAACUUUCACCCGAAUAAAUUGAUUUUUAA